CCACGCACAUGUGAAAUAUAUUUAAAUACAAAUGAUACAUCAUUUGGUUUUCAAACUGUUAAUCCUUUAACUGAUAUCGGCAUGUUUAUUCAAGAUGUAUAUCCGAAUUCACCUGCCGCUAAGACAUCAUUACGUAAAAGUGAUCGAAUUAUUGAAAUUGAUGAUGAAUUUGUUGAUAAUAUGUCAAGUACAACUAUCUUAGAAAAAUUUCAUACAGCAAAAGUAAAAAGGCAUGUAAAAUUAUAUGUUGUUGAUACAGAGACUUAUGAAUUUUUUCAAUCAAAUAAAAUACCAUUAUCAUCAAAAGAAUAUCAACAAAGUACACGUGCAAGGAAAUCUUCAACAAAGUCGUAUAAUAAUGAAGAUGAGAGAUCACCACUACCAUCUUAUAAAUUCGAAAGAGUAUGUGCAACAUUUAAAAGAGGAAAAAUCGAAAUUGAAAUGGGUGAUAUAACAAUGCAAAAGGUAGAUGUUAUUAUUGGUAGUUCAUCAUCACGACUCUUAAGAAAAGCAAUACUAAAAGCAGCCGGCAAUCAAAUUCAAACAGCGUACGAUCUUGAAUUAAAAAAUCAUCCAAAUUCUAUUUUAAUUGAAACAGCAUCAGGAGCUCUACCUUGCAAACAAAUAUUUUUUGUCAAAUGGAAACCUGAUAAUGAUGAAAAAGUACUUGAACAAUCUCUUGUUGAUCUCAUAUCUACUGUUGUACAAAAUGUUAAAUCACAUAAUUUUACAUCGUUUGCACUUCCAGCUAUUGGAUGUGGAAAAUAUCAGUGUUCAAUAGAUAUUGUAGUUAAAACAAUGGUUUUAGAAAUGAAAAAACAUCUUAUGAAGAGAGAUUUAUCUUGGACAGUAAAAUUUGUAGUAGAAGCUGAUCAAGAAAAUAUUUAUGAUGAAUUUUGUAAACAAUUAUUUACAAGAGAAGAUGGCCUCCAUGAAGAAAAGUUUUAUCAUCUGCCACCAACGUGGGAGAAAUCAACCGAACAUAAAGCUCGCUUUACAUUGGCCACCACCACAAAUGAAUACACAUCCAUUGCUUCCGAUUUUCGUCAAGCAAUGAAAGGAAAAUAUACGCAAAUAAUUAAAAUCGAACGAAUUCAAAAUAAACGUUGGUAUAUGCAAUAUUUAGCACAUAAAGAAGAUUUUGAAAGACGUCUUCACAGAGAUACCGAAAGAAUUUUAUAUCAUGGUUGUCCUGAACAAGCUGCUAGUUCAAUUAUUGAAGAUUGUUUUAAUAGAAGUUUUGCUGGAACCCAUGGAACUCUCUAUGGUGUUGGUGUUUAUUUUUCAUCUAAAGCAAAUUAUAGUCAUAAAUAUACUAAAACAAAUGCAAAUGGAGAACGAUGCAUGUUUAUAGCAAGAGUUUUGGUAGGAAAAACCAUCAUAGGGAAUGAUUCAAUGAAAACUCGACCACUUGGAUUUGAUUCAACUACUGAUGGAAAUCAUAUUUUCGUAAC